GCUGGGUUCAAUUACUAAUGGUGUCCCCAAUUCAGUUACAUUGCGACUCUAGAAAAUCGUAUCAGGCAUCUAGAAAGUCCAGAAUGUUUACCGACAACAGUAGAAUCCAAUCUUGGAGAUCAGAACUCGGAAUCACCUUUGUCUUACAACCUGCAGCGACAUAGAAGAAACAUCCCUAGCACCUCCGCUGGAGGCCAGCCUUCUUCCACACAUAAUGUCUCGCCCGGGUCCAGUCUCGCCGGUGCCCAGGAACCAUCGUUCUCCCCAUCAAGAAAUUUGCCAGAUCAGCCGCUUCGAUCAGAAAAAUGUACAGAUGGCGUGAAUGCGAUGAUGGGUGCAGUAGAAGAAGGCCAGCCAACCCAAGGCUUCUUCGGCAGCUCCAGUGCGGCCAGCUUCAUGCGUCAGAUAAAGCAGGCUGUAGACAAACGCGUCUCGUCACCAUGUCGACCGGCGUCGGAUUCGGUCCUUGGAGUGGCGCCAUCUCCCAGUCUCGUCGCGACGAAGACAAUGCCGCCCACUGUGCCUAGUUACGUUCUUCCCCCAAGAAAGACGGCCGACAGCCUCAUGGAGGUUUACUGGUGCUAUGUCUUUCCGCUGUAUCCACUCGUCGAUGGCCUUCAUCUGCGAGCAGAAUAUGCGAGGAUCUGGACGGGCGAGGCGCUGGAAUCGGACGAGAAUAUGCUGAUGUGCACGUUCAACGUCAUCUUUGCUCUAGCUUCGCAGCUGGCAGAUUUUAUUCCUCCAGACGAACGGGAGUCGUCGGCAGAUACAUUUUUCUCGCGUGCAAAGGACCUCUUUCAGUUCAACCUUUGGAAUACUGGAUCUGCUGGUUUGAUUCAAUGCUUGCUUCUCAUGGCACAAUACCUGCAAAGCACGGACUCCGCGCAUCAAUGUUGGAUAGUCACUGGCUUGGCCGUUCGCAAUGCGCAGAGCCUUGGUUUACACCUUCCACAGACUGUUUGUCGCCUUCGAAAUCCACAAGAACAGCAAUUGGCGCGCAAGAUCUGGCACGGUUGCGUGCUGAUGGAUCGAGUAAUAUCAAUGACCUUUGGUCGUCCAGCUAUGAUAUCCAAAGCGUCAAGUAGUUCAGUUCCGCUUCCAGUCGUGGUUGACGAAGAGCAUAUUCCAACGGAUUCAGGUGCUCAAGCCAAGCAACCGACCGAUCGUCCGUCCAUCAUGGCUUUCUACGCUAAAUCCCUCGAGUUGUAUGAGAUCCUCAAUGACAUUUUAUUGAGUUUGUAUAACAAGCCUGUACCCGACGAAAGCCCCGAGGACAUCUAUGACUUCUAUUUCGAUAAGGAGAUAAACCAAGGCGAGCGGACAAUCUUUGAUCUUGACCGGGCUCUGUCCAAAUGGACACGAACUCUUCCGCUGCAUUUGCGCGACCCUUCAUCUCUUCAAUCCGACAACAUGAUCUUUCGCCGACAAGGUGUCGUCCUACGAGCUAGGUUUCUGCACGUCCGCAUGCUCUUGUUUAGGCCUGUUCUUUCCAAGUACUGCACGGCGCGUGACAUUGCCGUGACUGAUCCACUGAUUUCUUUGGUUGACUCCUUCCCUCAUCGCGUUGCUCUGCAGUGCUCUGUGAUAUGUGUCAAAGUCGCUCAAGAAGUCAUUGAUCUAAUUCGUGACAAUAUUCCGACCGAUGGAAGUUCAGGUCCACUACCAGCAUGGUGGUACAAUAUUCUCUGUGAGGUCAAAUAA